GCUUGACAGCGAAAACGAAAGCUUAAACGUAAUUGAAAAGCGAUGACGACAAGAGAGACGACAUUCAUCAACACUAUGAUAUCACCGUCUUCUGGCCGCCUCCAUGAAGGUUGCUGAGAUUUAAAGUUUGCAGUUUUCUUUUCUAACCUGAGGUUCCUGAACGUCACAUGUAGUUUCGACUAGCUUUUUUCAACUGCGCAUGCGCGAGAAAGCGGUCCAGGAAGCUUCGUGUUUGUUUUGACCCGCUAAACAUCUGUCAAUUUCGGUCAGGGAAGAUUGACUUCACCCGGGCGUCGCUGGCCAUAAAAUUCAUGACAAUAAUUUGACUUUAACAUCAUUAUGUCCGCCUCCGUGGAUUUACCUGCUGGCCACGUGAAAACAAUUAAUUUUCGUGGAUAGCUCGUCAUCUCAAAUCGUGUUGAGAAUGGACAGCAUAGCGUUGGAAGUCGACGCCAUCAAAUUCGCCAAGACGGCCGUCACCUACGACCAAAAUGGCAAAUACGACGAGGCUGCCUUUUACUAUAAGGAAGCCGCCCAGGCACUCAUCUACGCCGGCAUGGCGGGCUCCAAGCUGGACGGGAUCCAAGACAAAGUCAACGAGUACCUGGAUCGAGUGCAAACCCUCCACAAUGCGUUGAGCGCGGUGGAUGCGCAGAAGAGCGACCCGCUCAAGUCUCGUCACCAGGUGGACCUGGAGCGCGCCCACUUCCUGGUCACGCAGGCUUUUGAGGAGGACGACAAGGGGAACGACGACGAAGCCGUGGAGCUCUACACUCAGGCCGUAGAGCUCUGCAUCAAGACGUCCAACGAGACGUCUGACCAGGCUAUGCAGACCAAGCUGAAGCAGUUGGCCCAUCAGGCUUUGGAUAGGGCGGAAGGUCUUAAGCAAUCGCAGUCCAAGUCCGGUCCGUCGCAGACUCAGGACAGGGCGGGACCGUCGGGAGUGAAACCCAGCUCGUCGGGACCCGUCCGGCAGUUUUUCCCGCUGGGUCCUGACUUUAGCCUCAACGACCGCCCGCAACCUCAGCCCAUGAGAGCGGUCCAGUCCAGUGAACCGCAAGGUCAGCGAUACUCGUCCGAUGAGAUCGAGGUCCUCAGGAGCACGUCGACAAUCAACGGCAUCGCCUACGUUCCCUUCAUGAGCGUGGACCUCAAGGAGCGCUUCGCCUUUCCCGUGCCUUUCUCGGACAAAUCAGGCACCCUGGCUCUGUCACCCAAGCAGAAAGUCAUCUUCUCCCGCUGGGUCCGACCCGACGAGAUCUGCACCAAUCCCACCAUGAUUAUGUCCGUGUCCAGCUUCAGCAUCAAGCAGACGGUGGUGUCCGACUGCUCCUUCGUGGCCUCGCUCGCCAUCAGCGCCGCUUACGAGAGACGCUACAACAAGAAGCUCAUCACCAGCAUCAUCUAUCCUCAGAACCGACGAGGAGAACCCGAGUACAACCCGUGUGGGAAGUACAUGGUCAAGCUCCACAUCAAUGGCGUUCCCCGGAAGGUGAUCAUCGACGACUUCCUGCCGGUGGAUCGCGGCGGCGAGCUGCUGUGCUCGUACUCCAGCAACAAGAACGAGCUGUGGGUGUCGCUCAUCGAGAAGGCCUACAUGAAGGUGAUGGGAGGCUACGACUUCCCCGGAUCCAACUCGAACAUCGAUCUUCACGCGCUCACCGGCUGGAUCCCUGAACGCAUCGCCAUGCACUCGGACAAUCAGUCGUUCAGCAAGGAUGACACUUUCCGCAUGCUCUUCCAAAGAUUCCACAGGGGCGACGUCCUCAUCACCACGGCAACGGGAGUGAUGACGGAAGAAGAAGGAGAGCAGUGGGGCUUGGUGCCAACUCACGCCUAUGCAGUCCUCGACAUCAGGGAAUACAAGAACAUGCGCUUCCUCCAGCUGAAGAACCCGUGGAGCCACUUGCGAUGGAAGGGCCGCUACAGCGAACGCGACGAUAAGAACUGGACUCCCGAGCUCCUCAAAUACCUCAACUUUGACCCCAAGACGGCGCAGAAGUUUGAUAAUGGUGUGUUUUGGAUCUCCUGGGAGGACUUGUGUCAGUACUAUGACGUCAUCUACCUGAGCUGGAACCCCGCCCUCUUCAAAGAAUCCACCUGCAUCCACAGCAGUUGGGAUGGAAAGCAAGGCCCGGUCAAGGACGUCUACAGUUUAGCCAACAACCCGCAGUACAAGUUGGAGGUGCAGAGUCCAGCAGGGGGCGCUGCGGUGUGGGUGCUGCUUUCCAGACACAUCACUGACAAGGAGGACUUUGCGCAGAACCGAGAGUUCAUUACGCUUGUUGUUUACAAGACGGACGGCAAGAAGGUUUACUAUCCAGCCGAGCCGCCUCCCUACAUCGACGGCAUUCGCAUCAACAGCCCGCACUACCUGACCAAGAUCCGACUGACCGGCGCCGGCUCGCACACCUUCACCUUGGUGGUGUCGCAGUACGAGAAGCAGAACACCAUCAACUACACACUCAGGGUUUACUCUGGCUGCAAAUUCAACUUCUCCAAGAUCCCAAAUCCCUUCACGCAUACCAAACGGCUUAACGGCCAGUGGAAGGGCGCAAGUGCCGGCGGCUGCGGCAACUACAAGGACUCGUACAAGAACAAUCCCGUCUACCAGCUGCAGCUGGAUCGGGCCGGUCCGCUGCUCAUAGAACUGCGAGGUUCCAGGCAAUACAGCGUCGGCUUCGAGAUGGUCACCGUGUCGACCACGAGCGAUGCCAGCUCCACUUCCACCAACAAGAGGAGCAGCGGAGAUUACAGAUGCGGCUUCUGCUACAUGGACUGCGAGCAGGUUCCGGCGGGCGUGUACAACGUGGUGCCCACCACCUUCCUGCCCAAACAGGAAGGGCCUUUCUUCCUGGACUUUGCCAGCACCGCCCCCCUCAAAGUGGCUCAGCUACAAUGAUUGAUCUUCUGUCCAGACCCGCCAAUCACAAGUGGACUCACCAUGCCAAUGACUCUUUUUUUUUUAUGACAAAAUGCUCACAUGUCCUGGAAUAUGGCUGUCUGUUAUUAUAAUGCAUUAUGGAGACACAUUAAAUGGCCGUGUUCUAUACCAGUGGUCCCCAACCUUUUUUUUCAGUGAAUGAAUCACUUCCUAGAGUAAUGGGUCAAUGGGUCAACUGCCUUCCUUCUCGUGCGUCAGUCAGUGAACGUGUUGCGUCACACUGCUGGCGUGAACUAUGUAUGUCAGAAUGUCGAUUUACGACUUGCCAAGGAAAGAAAGAACCACUCACUGAAACACCACUUCUUUUAUCAUUCUUUUAAUAAACAUUUAUGUUGAAACUUG